AUGGCCCCUCAACCUGGCACAGAUGGCAGCUCCAGUGAAUAUAUAACCAUCAGUGACACUGACAGUGUAGGCGUCGCCGCCAGCGAGGGUAUAAAGUCUCUGGUUCCAAGUCCUGUUCAUGAAAACAACAGAGACACAGACAACAUUCAUUCUACUUCUACAGACAGCUCCAUGAAAUCGCCUUUUAAUUCCAGGAUCGCGCCUGAAGAGCUCAAAGACCUUCUCGAAGAGCUUAUCAGACCGUUUCGUGACUCGAUGGCGGCAGAGUCUUCAGCUCUUCCUACACUGGUUUCAGCGCCAGCACCAGAUACACCUGACGCUGUUGACGCGCCUGCAGUUACUGCAGAGACGUCUACCGCUGAGACAGUGAGCCUACCAGGUUUGGCUAUGUCUGCUCCGUUGCCAGUGAUAGUAUAUCCAACUAUCGAGGCUCCGGACGCGAAUGUGGUUGAGUCGAAGAGUAUCGACGCGUCGUUAGCUGAUGAUCAUCAGGCUGCCAGCAGCAGCACCGAUCUAGCUGACCCUGCGCCGCCCACUGACCCGUCAACCGUCGUGUCGUCUGGCGUGUCUGCUGCGGUAUCUACUGUUGCUGCAUGCUCUUUGGAUACUUCCACUCCAACACUUGUUUCAACCAUUCCUAGUACUUCUUCACCUGAGUACACCCGAAAUAAUACCUUACCAAUACCACCCAAGCCAUCUCCGCCUGCUAUACGAGCUCAGGAGAAGCCAGCUAAGCUGCCAGGGAUGCCACCUCCGCCCAUUGUCAGCCAGUGCCACCGAUUAGUGUUUGGACAGCCUAGUGUGCCUCGUGGUUCUGCAGUGCCACCGUGGAGUACUAGUAACCCAUUAUCCACUCCGUUUGGGCAGGGUAGCCUUUCCUCAUCUGCUGUUUCUAGUCUGUCUAGGUAUUCUUGCCCUCCAUCCGCGGCAGCAUCACCGUGGGAUCAUCAACAAGGUUUGAUAGGCCCAGCAGUGAAUUCUUCGACUGUCCCUAGCCCGGUCACCCGCCAAAGCCAAGGAAGCUUCUCUACAUUUGCGAAUCCUAUGCCCAUUCGUAAGGAAGAAUCGAAUGGAGCCCUGGGCACAGUCGGUCACUCUAGUCGAUCAGAUAGUAUCGUUCCACCUCGAAGCCUUGGUCUGCCCAAAUUUCUCGGUGAUGUAGACACUACCAACAUUGAAGCUAAUGACGCAGUUUUCUAUUUUGGUGUCAUCUGUGUGCAGGAACACCUCACUCCAUCCUUUGAGUUUCUUCGGUAUUUUGGUGAUACAUGGGUGGUUAGACUUAAAUUCGCCGGACAUGAAAUCUCUAAAAUGCAGAGUUACCCUACAAAGGCAGCUGCCACUGCGGAUGCGUGCCGCGGUGGCUUGACUAUUUUGAAGGAGGCAAUGCCGCUUUGGGCCGUUCCUGAUCUCCCUGAGCCUGGCAUCUUGUCCAACCGGUUGCGCUGGAAUUCUCUAUUGACCUGUGGAGAGAAUGGGGAGUUGAUGUAUAGAGCAGGAGGAUCGGGAGUUUUGGCAAAAACAAUUGCUGCCGCACCUAACAACCUGAGCAAGCUGGAGCCGAAAAAGGCGGACCAGUCGAAAUUCCCGUUUGUUUCCUCCGGAAACACCGCUGCUCCUUCAAAAAGAUCGCGAAAACGUGGUAAGGGCGGAAAAGGACAGCUUCUCGCUGAAGUUACAAAUUCAUCCAAGAAACCCAAAGGCUGCGAAACCAAAAAUUCACAGCCUCCAACUGCUGCAAGUGCCACCAGCACAGAUUCCGUCAAAGUCAGGGCGGUAGCAGGCACUGAGGGCAACAAAACUCCAGCUCCUGCUGCGGCUCCUGCUUUUUUCAACCCAUCUUUAAGGGUUCAGCAAUCCUCAACCAGCUUCGGGGUACCUGAUGCGGCGGAAUUUGCUCAGGCCAUUUUCUUCCAUUGCCGCACAUCGGGCAAUCGCUCAAAAGAUAAUAAAAAUCCGGCUUCGGCGUUUUAG